ACGAAGUAUCUCGUUUGUCUCACAAUCAGUUUGUCUGUUAUACUGUCGUGUCACGAUGGAUUUAUCGUGGCUUUCGUCGCCCUUUGCGCUAUUAUUGAUUACUCUGGUCGUCAUUGGCGUCCUGAAAAUUGUCGCUGCGGUGCAUCGUACAUAUUUUUACUGGAAGGAUAAAGGUGUACCUUACAUGCCAGAUUCGCUAUCAUCUUUUAUGUCGGGUUGGAAAUUGAUUCUGAGUCGCAUCAGUUUUGUCGAUCAUUUUCAAUAUGUCUACAAUUACUUUCCGGACGCAAAAUAUGUUGGAAUAAUGGAUUUCGGCACGCCUGGCGUGCUAGUGCGGGAUCCUGAGUUGAUCAAAGACAUCAUGGUAAAGGAUUUUGAAUCCUUCCCGGAUCAUCGCAGUUUCGUCGACGUCAGCGCGGAACCGCUAUUUGGCAAGAACAUCUUCGCCUUGCGCGGAGAUCGUUGGAGAGAAAUGAGGAAUACAUUAAGCCCCUCUUUCACCGCCAGCAAGAUGAAGUUUAUGUUUGACCUGAUUUCAGAAUGUUCUCACAAUUUCGUUAAUUAUUUGGUCGAUCAUCCGGAAGUCUGUCAUGCGGUCGAAACGAAGGGGGCCUUUCGACGAUACACUACCGACGUAAUUGCUACGACAGCCUUUGGCAUAAGUGUGAAUUCUAUGAAAGAUCAAAACAAUGAGUUCUAUGCAAGAGGAAUAGAAGCUACCAAAUUUUCUUCUGGACUGCUAACGAUAGCUAAGAUGAUGUUAUUUCGCGCGUGUCCACGGUUCGCUAAAUUAAUAGGUCUGUCUCUUUUCCCGCCGGCUACUAGCGAGUUUUUCAAGAAGAUCGUAGGGGAAACCAUUCGAGCACGGGAAGAGCAAGGUAUCGUCAGACCGGACAUGAUUCAUUUAUUAAUGCAGGCUCGGGACAAAGAAGGUCCCAGUGUACAUAAAAUGACAUUGGAUGACAUCGUUUCGCAAGCCUUUAUCUUUUUCUUCGCUGGUUUCGAAACAUCUGCGACACUGAUGUGUUUCGCUGCUCACGAGCUGGCAGUUAAUCAAGAUGUGCAAGAUCGUUUACGCGAAGAGGUACAACAGCAUCUUGCCGAAGGAAAUGGUGAGAUUUCUUACGAGUCGCUGUCGAAGAUGUCUUACAUGGAUAUGGUGAUCUCCGAGACUCUCAGAAAGUAUCCACCGGCGAUUAUUACCGAUCGACUUUCGGUCAAGAGAUAUGAAUUAGCUCCGUCGCGACCAGGCUGCAAGAAUGUGAUCAUCGAACCCAACAAUUUAUUGAUGUUUCCCAUUCACGGUUUACAUCACGAUCCGAAGUACUUUCCGAACCCGGAUAAAUUCGAUCCCGAAAGGUUCAGCAAGGAGAACAAAGACAAAAUUUUACCGUACACUUAUCUACCAUUCGGUCACGGACCUAGACAAUGUAUCGGCAAUCGAUUUGCUCUCAUGGAGACUAAGAUUCUAAUAGCUCAUCUUUUACAAAAGUUCACUCUGAAGACUACGGAAAAGACUGUCGAACCAAUCGUAUACACUAAAAAGUUGUUUGCGUUGGAACCUGUUGGUGGAUUCUGGAUUAGAUUGGAGAAAAGAGAAACGUGAAAGUCUUGCACUCAAUACAUUAUCGUAUGAUGUAGUUGUGUUUGGAAAAACAUCGCCGCAUUUUCAAUUUUUAAGAUAUUCAACGCGUGUAUGUACUUUAGAAGAUGAUUGACGUGUGAAGAUUGGAGUGUAAAGAUUGAAGUGUUAAGAUUGAAGUGUGAAGAAUGACGUAAUAUAUCGCAAACAAUAAAAUUUCCGAUGUAUUGCGUCAUUAUGUUCGAAGCAAAUAACCAAGUUUUUCCUGGUGAGAAAUAAAAAAAUUAAAUAUUACGAUAAACAUCAUGACUUGCGUAGACUUCCACGUUUAUUUGAUUAUGCCGAUUGUUUUUAAUGAUUUAUAUAACUUCCCCACUUGUCGCUAAAUAUAAAUAGGAUCAAUUCGUUAAUUCUUCAUGUAAGAACGAUUAUCUCUAUCGUGCAAAGAUGUUUCGCACAUUUUUCUUUCGAAAUUUUUUAUUAGUUCAAAUUAUGUCUGUUGUAACUUAUUAUAAAUUUAAGCGUUCGCUGUUAUAAUUUUUUAAAUAAGUAUGACGAAACAAUAUCAUUAAUAGAGUCGAUGUACCAUGAUGUAAUAAUAUACCAUUCUGUAUGUGCAUUUAUAAUGUUUUUUAAUAUUUUUUUAUAAAUAAAAUUUUUAAAUUUUUAAUAAAACCAAAUGUCACUAUUUUAUUAUAGCAAUAUAAAAUAUAAACAAUCAAAUUAUAAUAAACUGACAAAGCAUUUAACAUUUUUUACAGCGUAUGUAUGACACAUUUGGAUCAAAGAUUGUUAAUCAGAUAUGAUUGUGAAUCAGACAUGAUUCAUUGUCUGAGAAUAGAUAGUAUAUA